AUGGGGAGUGGGCAGUCAAACUCCGGCCUCGCCGUGGAGGCGCACCUCAACAAGUGGGAGUCCGCCCUGUCGGAGCUCGAGGAGGUGGCGCGCGCGAACCGGCGCACGCUGGAGCAGGACCGCAUCUACACCAACACCGGCGGCUCAACCGAUCAGCACCCGGGUGCCGGCGAGGACGCGCUCGAGCCGUCGCUGCGCGGGACGCACCGGCUGUCGCAGGUCUCGUUUGGCGCCUCCACCUCCGCCGCGGCGGCGGGAGGCCAACAGCAACCGCCGCCGCCGCCGCCGCCGCCGCCGCCGCUGUCGCCGACCUCACUGCCAACAGCGACCUCGACGACGACGGGCGCCACCAGCGCAACCGCAGCCGCAGCCGCGGCGAGUCAGCGGCAGAAUCAAACUUCCACAGGGGCGAAUCCCCGCUCGACGUCGGUGGGCGUCUCGUACGCGGCGGCGGCGGCGAACAACAACAGCAGCAACGCUGAUGUCUCAAAGUUGGCCUCCUCCACGGGGCUGCAACCGAAGCACACCCGGCAGCAGGUGCUGGAGAUCCGCAAGGCGCGGAUGAAUUUCUUUAAGAGCUACGAGCUGGAGCGGCCGGAGGAUGACGCCAGCCUGAUGGAGUGCAGCCACUUUGGGGCGGCGGCGGUGGCGCUCUCCUACCUGCUUGGGGGCGAAAAGGGAUGCAAGGACCGCAAGAAGCGCGUCACAGUGGAGGAUAUUUUCUUUGCGGCACAUGUCCCGCUGCACUACCUGCACGGUGGCGUUCAGGGGUUGCCGGUGAUGUCAGACAUCAUACGCGACUUCAUUGGUGUGGAUAACCGCUUCAAAAACGAGUAUAGCCUCUCCGUGAUGCACUUUGACAUCUCGCCGACGCUCGGUCAGGUGGAACUCGGCAACAACGACGUCGGCGACCGGCAGCGGCGGAUGCAGCUGCCGGAGUUCAGUAAGGCCAUCACACACGACUGCGAGGAGGAGACGCAGCUGAUUCGUAUUGUUAACUACGACCCCUAUGUAUUGGAGCAGGAGACCCUCGUGGACGCCUUUGACGACGAGGAUGAGGGUCACACUGUGCUGGCGGCGUCGGCGCUUGUCAAUGCCCGCCCUGCCGCGCAUUGCUACCGGCCAAACAACAGCGGCGCCUACGCCGUGGUCGUGGACGUGCGUAACGUGGUGCAGCUCAUGGUGACACUUGCCGCGGGCGUCGUUGGGGAGUCGCUCCACGUGAAGCUGAUGGAGGUUCCGGCCGCCGCACUCUACAAGGCGAUGACGGCCGUCAGGGAAGGCGGACGUGCCCGCGGCUUCAUUCGCAUCUUCCGCAAGGACAAUGUGCCCGCGAUGACGCAGGAUGAGGCGCAGAUCAUGUUUACCCCGGAGCUGAGCAGCGGCAAGGUGAUUGGCUCAACGCUGCAGGGCAUUCACGCCUCCGUGGUGUCGACGCACAUCAGCCCUCACAUUGUCGCCGUGUCGUGGGCGAUGCAUCUGCUCGGCGGGGUGCGCCCGAAUUCGCACGGGUACGGCAACGGCCUGCCCGUCUCGGACAUCGUCCGCAAGAUGCGCUUCCCCGCCGACGUCUUGAUUGACGGCUCGCUGCCGCUGGGCGAGGUCUUCCGCUACGCACGCGAGUACGUGCGCAUCACCAACCGCAACUACAACGUUGCCGUCUACCCGGUGCUGACAAAAAUCUCCCGCGAGGACGCGGUGCCGACCAUCUCCGUCUUCGAGCUGGAGUCCAUCAUCAUCGACGUGAAGAACGCCAACGAGGACCCGGAGGUGCCGGAGCACAUCAUGGCCAUCAUGUACAACGCGAAUGUGGCGCACAAUGUGCUGAACAUCUCGAACUUCCCGCAGUGGUGCCUGCUAGCCGGCUACGACGUGGAGACGCAGAUGGUGCUCCUCAUCGACGCCCACCCCAAGAAGUUCAUGCAGACCUGGAGCUGCUCCCUGGACCGCCUGCACAAGGCAAUGACGUCCAACGGCUACAUCAUCUUCUCCAAGUCCCGUGAGGCGGCGUCGCGCAACAAGUCAAGUGACAGCAGCACCUGCGGCGGCUCGCAGGUGUUGGGGUUUGUGCCCGACCCCGGCCUCGUCGGGGCCCCGCGGCGCAUUGCGUCAACGGUGCAAAAUCGCCUGGAGCUCUUGCACGAGCAGGAGACGCUCGGCGGCGAGCACGCGGAGAUCAUCAAGACCUUCCACUUCCCGUCCUUGCCGCUGAGCUCGACGAUGGUGGCGCUCGCGAUGACCAAGCUGGGCAUCUUCACCACCUUUGAGGACGUUGUCAUGGCGCUGCCGUUUGAGAUCUCCUCCCUGAUGCUGCGGUACUUCACGGUGGAGUCGCUGGCGGUGUGCCUUACGACGUACAUCGCCGCCGCUGGGCUUUCGAUGGAUGUGCAGACGUACCACACCGACCGGUGCUGCAGCGGCGCGCCGCGGCUGCCGUGGGAGGACUUCAAGGAGCUCGUCGUGGAGAGCGUGCAGAACCCCAACCGGGUGCUCUUCGUCCUGUUCAACAAGGAGAAGAUUGACAUCUUCGGCGCCUCCCACCCGUUCGGCUCCACCGGCAUCAUCGUCGGCUACACCGCGGCGACGGAGAGUGUGAUGGUGAUGGGCAGCAACCCGCACAGCUACUUCCGCAGCUGGCCCGUCCCCCUGCGCACCCUCCACGAGGUGCUGCUCGACGAGGACGCGAAGCACCGCCGCUCCGGCUGCAUCACGCUGACCCGCCGCGACGGCCCAUGCGAGUCUCGCUUCCCAUUGAAGUACACCCGCGACUUCCCGCUGCACAUCCUGCCGGUGCAAAACAUCUUCCAUGUGAGUCCGUCCCCGCACUUCCAGGCUCUUUCCAUGGCCUUCGCCCAGCUCGGCUUCUUCUACUCACCGGAGGAGAUCUUUUACGAGGCUUACCUCAAGACGAUGGCUGACCAGCGCCGGCGCGGUAGUCAGGCCUUUGCGUGGCGCGACGUGGACGUCUCGCUCACGGUCAUUAACAAGCAGAUUGACGCCCGCUUCCUCGCGCAGGUUUGCCGCAUGUUUAUCGAAUCCCGCAAUCCGACAAAGAGCAGUACGAAGGGCACACUGAAGCGCACCAGCGGCGGUGGCGCUGGUGGCGACGGCGCGGGUGAUGCCGACACGAUUCAGGUGGAGUUGCUCGAAGACGUGGAGCUGGACGACCUUGACACCAUUUUGAUGGACGCCACCCGGCGCGAGGACAACAACUCGGUGCUGCUGCUCAACUACGACACCACAAAGGCGCACGACGUGGAGCAGUGGGGUCGCAGCGCCGCGCUGGUGAAGUCGUUCAACCCCGAGACGGAGAUGGUGGAGCUGCUGGAGGGCGAGCACGCCGUCUUCGGCCUAGUCUUCACCGUCAACCUCGCGAAGCUCAUUGAAAUUGGCGACCUGCACAACGAGGGCCGCAGCGCCUACGGCUUUGUGAAGCUGGAAAGGGUCAAGGAGCGCACGGUGCCGAAGCGGCUGGCGCUGAUGAAGGGCCCCGACCCCGACGAUGAGGAACCCUUAAACGGUGCAGCAGUUCCGGCGCUGCACCAUGGGAACGGCACCGCGCAGCGCCGCAACCGCGAGAUGGUGGCCAGGUUCCUCGGCGACGGCACCGAUGCGGAGCUGUGA